UCGAGUCUGUGAGACUUCUGUAGUGUCGUCAUCACUCCUCGGCUGCUAUUGGCCAGCGCAGGUCACGUGAUCAAAACAGUGUCAUGGCGGCGUCCGCGGCGGUCCGGUCAGCCGUGAGUUUGACGCAGCGGUUUGUCCGAGUUUCACCGGACUGCAGCAUCUGUCCACUCUACCGACUGAACGCGUGUACCGGAGCCACCGACGGGUUUACCGCUCCGAGCCGACGCCUGCGGACCAGCAUCGGUGUGUGUCAGAGUGGAGACAGCAGCUCACCGGAAGAGGAAGAGCGAGUUGUGAAUGUGGUGUACAUCGAUCGCUGCGGUCAGAGGAUUCCUGUCCAGGCGAGGGCCGGCGAGAACGCUCUUCACCUGGCGCACAAGCACGGCGUUGAUCUGGAGGGCGCCUGUGAAGCGUCUCUGGCCUGCUCCACCUGUCACGUGUACGUCAGCAGCGAACACUACGAGAAGCUUCCAGAACCUGAGGAACGGGAGGACGAUAUGCUGGACAUGGCGCCGAUGCUGCAGGAGAACUCGCGUCUGGGCUGCCAGAUCGUCCUGACCCCGGAGCUGGACGGCAUGGAGCUGACGCUGCCCAAGGUCACCAGGAACUUCUAUGUGGACGGCCACGUGCCCAAACCUCACUGAGCAGCCGAAUGAACGGAGGGUCCGUGACGGAUCACAAAGCACUCUGGGAUACCGGCGCUAGACAAGCCUCUGUGCGAUCGAUGAUCUCGGAGCUUCUCAUCCGGUGAACUCUUGAGCUCCAGCUGAAUUCGGUGCGCAGGUGUUUCCACACGAAGGACUCCGGCGUGCCGCUUCAUUAUCCUUCAUAGAGCCACAGCAUUAGAUGUACUGAAAACAUCACGUUUCUCUCUCUCCUUUCUUUUGAAUGAAUAAAAUAAAGCAUUUUUUAGGACCGUUAAGAUUUUCCAGAUCAUUGUUUUUUAUGACAGUGUGUCAUCAUUUC